AUGUCAGACUUCAUAUCCAAUUCCAUGUCUAAGAUGCCAGAUCAAAUUGAAACCGGCAACAAAGAUGGCCACAAUAUUGAGAACCUUCUGGUUUACGAACCUGAUGAACUUCCAAAGCAAUUCUCCCUUUUUUCCACUCUCGCGUUUGGAUUCAGCAUGACGAAUUCCUGGCUCGGUUAUUCUGCCACUUUCAUUACGCCGCUGCUUCUGGGGGGAAGCCCAACCGUGUUUUUUGGUCUGAUUGCCGCUUCAAUCGCGAGUUGCUUUAUUACGGCGGGUCUGGCAGAGCUCGCCUCGGCAUAUCCCUCCAGCGGCGGUCAGUAUCAUUUUGCGUACAUGGUAACACCUCCAAAGUACAGUGCCAUAGUAGCCUUUGUUAUGGGCUGGCUGAGUGUAGUGGCGUGGGCCCUCACGAGUGCAUCCACUGCCCUGGUCUGUGCUCAGAUGGCUGGAAACCUGGCCGGAAUAUACCACCCGAAUUAUGAUGUGGAGGCUUGGCAAACUUGGAUGAUCUACAUGCUAUUGGUCUUGACUUCAACGGCGAUUGUCUGUUUCUUGCCAACCGCUCUCCCCCGAGGAGAGAUGGUGAUGUUCGUCAGCAGUUUUCUAGGAUUCAUCGUUAGCCUUGUUACUGUUUUGGCUAUGCAGUCAAACAAACAGUCAGCAAAGUCAGUAUUUAUUGAUUAUGAAAACUCAAGCGGCUGGGGUGAUGGUACCUCCUUCAUAAUCGGGCUUGGGACAUGCAUGUAUGCAUACUUGGCUAUUGAUGGAGCUUGCCAUAUUGCAGAAGAGCUUCCAAACCCCAGCCGUGACGUCCCUCGCGCCAUGGGACUAACCAUGCUCAUUGGCAUAAUAACGGUCAUCCCUUGGACGAUCGCGUUUCUUUUUUCAAUUACAGAUACGGACGCCGUCGCUUCCUCGUCGAUUCCGGUGUAUACGAUUUAUCUACAAGCUACGCGAAGCAGACCUGUGGCCACAUUUCUCACCGUAUGGAUUCUCUUCGUUUACUUCGGUGCCCUGGUAUCAUGUAUUGUGACUACUGGGCGACUUGCAUAUGCCUUUGCUCGUGAUGGGGGACUUCCAUAUUCGAGCCUUUUUGCUCGGAUUCAUCCUACAUAUCAAGCCCCCAUCAACGCGACAUUGGCUUGUGCUGCUGUGGUCAUAAUCUACGGAUUAAUUUAUAUUGGAUCCGCCACGGCUUUCAACAGCUUCAUAUCCAUGUCUAUCUUGUCGCUCAACUUGACUUACGCUCUACCUCAGGCCAUUCUUUUGGUACGAGGUCGGGAACACAUCCUACCAAAACGUUCCUUCGCCUUGGGCCAACACAUUGGGCCAAUUUGCAACGCAUUUUCAAUCCUUUGGGUUUUUUUCAUUACUAUUAUGUUUUGUUUCCCCACAUCCAUUCCUACCACAGUCGCCGAUAUGAAUUAUGUUAGUGUUAUUGUAGUUGGAAUCUCUUUCUUGAUCUUGAUAUCAUGGUGGGGAGGUAAAAGAAAGACUUUCUCCGGGCCGGGGCUUGAGGUUAUGCUAGAGGAUAGCAGGGCAACUGUUCCGGUGAGGGAUGUGUAG